AUGGACUUGACCUCGGCGCUGAUCCUGUGCUCUAAUAUUCUCUCGUUCAUGUACACUUCGAGAAAGCUGCUGGCCGGGACCUCUGAGCUCUCCCACUUCCAAACCGGGCUGAAAGGCGAAAGUGUGCAUAUCGACGCACUCAUUGAGAAUUUUCGCCAGUUGACGGCCAAGUUGGAUCCGGGCUGCGUUGAAGAGCCAAACCAUGGAAUAGCACUCGAGUCGAUCGCCAAGAAUAGCGAGAAGCUCGCCAAAAAAGUGGCCCUGAAGAGCACGCCGAAAGAGAGAAGCGCGGCGGAUAUACUGAAGAUACUCGCCGACUACCAGCGGCUAGCCCUCCACCAGGACAAGCAGGACGCGGUCGGCCAGCAAUUCCGCAAUCUCGAGAGCGAGGCAUCCAACCUAUGCGCCGAGAACACUACGCGAGUUUCAAAGCUCAAGGAAGACCUCCUCACAGUGGCUGAAGAGCUGUUGGCACAAGAAACAGCUCACGAAACCGAAUCAAUCACACGUCCCGCUCCCGGCAUCGUGCCCUCACCGUCGUUUCCCGGCGUCGUGCCCGCAUCGUCGUCUCCCGGCAUCCUCCUGCCCGUCCCGCCUCCCUACUCCGCUCCGAACAACAGCGACAGCCUAAGCAGAUGCCGUUGCGCCCUGGACUCGCUGGCAGCAGGCAUGUUUCGGCUUGGAAGGACAACACUAGACUGCAGCGUCUCGAGCUGCUCGUCAACCCAAAAAGUAAAUCUCUCGUCGUUGCAACCUCGGUUUCUCUCAUCCGUCAGGCAUUGGGCAGAGCUGUCCGAGGUUUAUCAGUACCAGGAGCCCAGAAACAGAGUAGAAAUAUAA